AUGAGUAAAGCAUUGAAGAAACUCGAGUGGCUUGUGAUUAUCUACGAUAAGCCUAUCAACCAGCGGCUCAAGUUUAGACCCACGCAUUUCCAGGGUAUCCCCAAGCCGUUCCAAAGCGGUACUAUCACCAGCGCUGGUCCAGUGUUCAAGGACGAGGAACGGAGCCAAUUUGCUGGUUCUGCGUUUACAAUUGCAGCAGAAAAGAAGGCGGAUGUCAUUGACUUCUUGAAGAACGACGUCUAUGCCAAAGAGGACGUGUGGGACUUUGAUAAUGUUGUGAUCCAUCCCUACACCCCGGUGGUGAGGGCCCAGAAGGACUUUCCUGAGCAAAAGUAG